CGGGGGAAGAGGACUUGAACCCUUGACCUCAAAAAGACAAAACACAAGGAGUACCAUUGAACCAAAGUCCCAUUGGUAAUAAACUAAAUUAUCGCCCAUUGCAUACCACAUCUGCAAGACAUAUUUGAGAUUAUGCAAGUGAAGUUGUAUUUAUAAAUGCAGCUUAAUUUGUUUAGAGUUUUGUUUCCAGGUGCAAAAACGUCCAUUAUUGUUGCUACCUGUGUUUUGUUUGGCCUCUCGCUUACUGUAGUAUUGUCCGGUGUUGUUCCACCAUUUACUGAAGAUACUGCAAGAGGUGUAAAUGUUGUGCAUGUGGUGGAUACAACCGGAAAAUAUGGUGAAAAGCGGGAACCUAGUUCUCAUAUCUCCCUAUUUUCAACAACUCCUGGAAAGUUGGUAAAGGAGGUUGCACAGAUUGGAGAAGGGUUUGUUUGUGGCAGGGAUAAGCCUCUUGAUUUUGUUACCUUUUCAGUCAAGUAUGGUUGUUGGACCCACAAUGAUACAGGGAGUGGGUGGAGCGAAUCAGAUAUACCCACACUGCAUGUUGAGAGCGAUAUAAAGGGCGAUUGCAGAAUUACAGAAAUCUUGAUUGAUACAAAAGCUUCCACACGAUGGUCUCUUGCUAUUAAUACUGAGGAGAUUGAGGACUUCCGCCUUAAAGAUAAUUCUGAGUUAAUUCCACUUGAUGAUAAGAGCAGCACAGAUGGAUGGCAUAUUAUUCAAUUUUCAGGAGGGAAGAAUGCGCCAACCAAGUUUAAUUUGACUCUUUUUUGGAUCAAAAACUACACCCAGAUCGCCCACACAGACGAUAGCAUGACAGAGCAUUUGCUUUUAAAACUGAGAACAGAUGUGGACAGAUUGACAGCACCGGCCGAAAGAGUUCUCAUGAAGCUUCCUGCCUGGUGUUCUUUAUUUGGGAAGUCCACAUCACCACCCACCUUAGCUUUCUUAAGCAGUUUACCUGUGACUUUCUAGGUAAAUGAUAUUUCUAAGCCUCUUCAAUUCCCUUGGGCUGGUCAGUUACUUGAUACCCGCAGAGGAGAAAUAUGUUUGCCAUCAAGCUAUGCAUUCUUAGAAAGCCUUGAGAUCCUUCAAUUUCUUGGGAUCAUGUACCAGCAGACAGAGUGAGCUGAUUUCAAAUAGCAAGGUCUGAGACCAGGUGCACAUAUGGAGGUACAAUGCCGGAAAAUAAUGAUUUGUACAAUUGCUUUUGAUUUGAAUAAUCUACAACUGUUGCUUGAACAACAUAUGAAGAAGUAAAAUAAGAAAAUUUUACACAUGACAUGCUUUUAUUGAACAAAAGGUGAA